UCGGUUCUUGUAUCCACAUCGUGCACUCUUGCCUUUUAGCCGCUCGGAUCUGGAUUUGUACUCUGGGUCUGUUUCUCUCCUCCUGGUGGAUUUAACCUGUUCGUUCAGUCACAAGCCUAAUUAAGUUUUUUAUUUACUCGAUGGCUGAGGGUGUGCGUCCCGAGGACUACUGCGACGAGCCGGUGGAGGACGAGUUUGGCGAGAUCAUCAAGUGUCGAUCUGAUGAAAGAGAAGACGUUCAGAAGAAGACUUUCACAAAAUGGGUAAACUCACAGUUGGCUAAGACAGGGAAACCACCUGUGGAGGAUCUGUUCUCAGACCUGUGUGAUGGACGACGUCUGCUGGAGCUGCUGGAGGGGCUGGCAGGACAUGAACUGGUGAGGUUGGAGAGAGGAUUCACACGCGUUCACUCACUGAACAAUGUCAACCGUGCUCUGCAGAUCUUGCAGAAGAACAAUGUUGAAUUGGUGAAUAUUGGAGCGGCAGACAUUGUUGAUGGGAAUCACAAACUGAUCCUUGGGCUCAUCUGGAGCAUCAUUCUCCACUGGCAGGUAAAGGAUGUGAUGAAGGAUGUGAUGGCGGGCCUACAGCAGACCAACAGUGAGAAGAUUCUGCUGAGUUGGGUUCGUCAGAACACGCGCCAGUAUCCUCAGGUCAACGUGGUUAACUUCUCCAGUAGCUGGAAUGAUGGAUUGGCCUUCAACGCCCUCAUCCACAGCCACAGACCUGAGCUUUUUGAUUGGAGCUCAGUGGAGAAGAAGAUGUCGGCGAUCGACAGACUGGAACACGCCUUUAAUAAGGCAGAACAACACCUGGGGAUAGAGAGACUGCUGGACCCUGAGGAUGUGGCGGUGCCUCACCCUGACAAGAAGAGUGUCAUCAUGUACGUGACGUCCCUCUUCAAGGUGCUUCCCCAAAGCAUUUCCAUGGAAGCCAUCCAGGAGGUGGAGACGCUGCCACGGGCAACCACGGCCAGCAUCACCAGAACAGAGGAGCACUACCAGAUCCAGACCCAGCAGCGCUUCUCCCAGCAGAUCACAGUGAGUGUGGCUCAGGGGCGAGUGCGGAGUCCCUCCCCUCAGCCUCGCUAUAAAAGCUAUGCCUACACCCAGGCUGCCUAUGUCAAGUCGCCCGAGCAAAAGAGGAGGCGUUUUACUGAUCAGUUCCUGACUCCAAGCCAGGAGGAGCUGCAGCGAGGCCUCAGUCCUCUGCCUCCAGGCUCCACCAGUCUGGAGAGCUACCAGGCUGCACUGGAGGAGGUGUUGACAUGGCUGCUGUCAGCUGAAGACGGGCUCCAGGCCCAGCCUCCCAUCUCCAACCAUGUGGAGGAGGUGAAGGAGCAGUUCCACACACAUGAGGGCUACAUGGUGGAGCUGACCACCCACCAGGGCAGCGUGGGGAGGGUCCUCCGGGCUGGUGCCGCCCUGCUGGGAGAGGGGAAUCUUAGCGAGGAGGAAGACUCAGAGGUCAGGGAGCAGAUGAACCUCCUGAACUCCCGGUGGGAGCACCUGAGAGUGGCAAGCAUGGAGAGACAGAGCAGACUCCACGAGGUCCUGAUGGACCUGCAGCACCAGCAACUGCAACAGCUCACAGAUUGGUUGGAUGUGACGGAGGCACGGAUUCAUCGAAUGGGGGCUCAGCCAAUGGGUCCUGAUCUGGAGGAUGUCAAACACCAAGUGGAAGAGCACAAGCUUCUGCAGGAGGACCUAGAGCUGGAGCAGGUGAGGGUGAACUCUCUAACCCACAUGGUGGUGGUGGUGGACGAGAACAGUGGAGACAGUGCCACCGCUGCCUUGGAGAGCAAACUUCAGGUGCUCGGUGAUCGCUGGGCAGCCAUUUGUAGAUGGACAGAAGAACGCUGGAUUUUGCUUCAGGAGAUUUUACUAAAAUGGCAGCACUUCACUAAUGAACAGUGUUUAUUUGACUCCUGGCUGACUCAGAAGGAGGAGCUGGUUAGCUCCAUCAAGACCUCCAACCUUAAGGACCAGGCAGAGAUGGUAGCUUGCCUUCGCCGUCUUGCUAUGCUGAAGGCAGACCUGGAAGUGAAGCGUCCCACCAUGGACAAGCUGUGCUCCAUGAGCCAGGACCUGCUGUCCAGCGUGAAGAACAAGGAGGUGGCCAACAAACUGGAGGCCAGACUUGACAGCUUUGCCCAGCGCUGGGACCGACUGAUCCAGAGUCUGGAGAUGAGCAGCUCCCAGCUGUCAUCGGCUGUCAGUGUGGCCCAGCAGUCUGAGCUGACCCACUCUGUCACAGCGACCGUUACCAAGGUGACAACGAGGGAGAAGGUGUCCACUGUGCGCCAAACCCGGGAGUCGCCACCACCACAGAAGAAGAGACAAGUGGUGGUAGACUCUGAACUCAGGAAAAGGUUUGACGUGGACUUCACAGAGGUCCACAGCUACAUGACCCGCGGUGAGGCCAUCCUACAGAGCCCCGAAUUCUCCGUGUCACGCAAAGAUGGCAGCAUUCAGGAGCUGUAUGAUAAAGUGCAGGCGAUAGAAAGAGAGCGGCCGGAGAAGUACCGAAAGCUUCAAGAGGCGACACGCACAGCGCAGACACUGGUUGAGCAGGAGGGGACUCGUGCUGAAGACAUUGCCCAGGCAGCGGAGCAGCUUAACCAGCGCUGGGUGGGAUUCUGUGCCCUGUUGGCAGAGAGACUGGCGUGGCUGGCUUACCAGACAAAGGUUCUGGCCUUCUACAGCUUGUACGAACAGUGUGAGCAGGCAGUGGACAGCAGUGAGAACUGGCUCAAGGUCCAGGCUCCUCCAGCAUCUGAACCAGAACCGCUCAAAGUACAACUGGACCGAUGUCGGGAGGAGGUGGCCCGCCUGGCCUCCCUGCAGCCUCAGGUGGACCAGCUGGAGAAGAAGCUGAAGGAGCUGAAGGAGGAAAAGGAAGGGGAGGAGGACCCCUCGGCUUUCCUGGACGCCGACAUCAGCGCCUUCAAGGAACGCUACGAAAAGGUCCUGGAGAAUCUGAGGGCCAGAGAGAGGCAGCUACAGCUAGUUUUGGAGAGCUUGCCCCCUGCGCGUUACAAGGAAACCAUAUCAACACUGUUGGCAUGGUUACAACAAUGCGAGGCCAAGCUGGUCAUCCCAUCCACGGCCGUUACAGAGUAUCCUAUUAUGGAACAGAGACUGAAGGACGUUCAGGCCCUCCAGGUGGCUCUGGCUGAACACCAGGGGGAGGUGGACUACCUGACCUCAGCUGUGGAGCAGGUCUUCCAGAAAGCUCCGCCAGACAUCAGCCAGAAGUAUCGCAUGGAGCUGGACGCCAUCAUGGCGCGUUGGAGGCGACUUGGCUCCACGCUGACAGACAACGCCCAGAGAAUCCAGGAGCUCAUGGCCAAACUGAUGCAGUUUGAGAAUGAUGUAAAGACUUUAAAGAAGUGGAUGGCAGAUGUGGAUGUCUUCCUGAACGAGGAAUGGCCAGCGCUGGGAGACUCUGAAGCUCUGGAGAAGCAGUUAGAGCAGUGCACAGCCCUGGUGAAUGACAUCCACACCAUCCAGCCCAGUGUAAAUGGCAUCAAUGAAGUGGGUCUGUAUCUGAAGAAAGACGCCGAGCCGCCGUUUGCCAUCCACAUCCAGAAAGAACUGGAUGAACUCAACGCCCAGUGGGAGAAUGUGUGUAAACAGGCCUAUGCUAAGAAGUCUGCUCUGAAAGGUGGCCUAGAUAAGACCAUGGCUCUGAGGAAGGAGAUGCAGGAGAUGCAGGAGUGGAUCAACCAGGCAGAGGAAGACUACCUGGAGAGAGACUUCACAUAUAAGACCCCCGAAGAGCUACGCAAAGCUGUGGAGGAGCUCAAGAGGGCCCAGGAAGAGGUCCACUCCAAGGAGCUGAAGGUGAAACUCCUCACGGACAGUGUGAACAGUUUCAUUGCCAAAGCCCCGCCCACAGCCCACGAUGCCUUGCGCUCAGAGCUGGACGUGCUGACAGCCAAUUACCAGCGCCUAUGUAGCCGCCUUGAUGGGAAAUGUAAAACGCUGGAGGAGGUGUGGGCGUGCUGGUGUGAGUUGCUUUCCUACCUGGAGCAGGAGAAUGCCUUCCUGGACCAGCUGGAGCAGAAACUGGACGAGACGGAAAACCUGCAAGGAGGAGCGGAGGAGCUGCAGGAGGCGCUGGAUAGCCUGGAGGUCCUUUUGCGUCACCCGGAGGACAACAGGAACCAGAUUCGAGAGCUGGCCCAGACGCUGAUGGACGGAGGUGUUCUUGAUGAACUUAUACAGCAGAAACUAGACGCUUUCAACAUACGAUGGGAUGAACUUAUGGCGAGGGCGGUGCUCAGGCAGAAGGAGCUGGAGAAAAGCGUCCAGUGGGCCCAGGAGAAUGACAAGACACUGAAGCAGAUCCAGGAGUCGCUGGCUAACACGGACCGUCACCUCAGUGCAUACCUGACCGACCACAUCGACGCCCAGCAAAUACCGCAGGAGGCUCAGAAAAUCCAGACAGAGCUGAGUGGCCAUGAUGCGACCCUGGAAGACAUGAGGACGAAGAACCAGGACAAAGAGAAAUCCCAGAGGCUCAUGGGACAGAUAGACCUUACCCAGAAAAUGCUGGCAGACGUGUGGACGAAGUUCCGGCUCUUCCAGAAACCGGCCAACUUCGACGCUCGGCUGUCCGAGUGUGAGCGCGUGCUGGCUGGUGUCAAAAGUCAGGUGGGGGUGCUGGACAUCCGCAGUGUGGAGCAGGACGUGGUGCAGUCGCAGCUGGAACAGUGCAUGAAGUUGUACAAGGUGCUGAGUGAAGUGAAGGGGGAGGUGGAGACGGUGAUAAAAACAGGCAGGCAGAUUGUCCAGAGGCAGCAGACCGAGCAGCCCAAAGAGCUGGACGACAGAGUGACCGCCCUGAAACUGCUCUACAACCAGCUGGGAUCACAGGUAACCGAGAGCAAACUGGAGCUGGAGAAGAGUCUGAAGUUGUCGAGGAAGCUGCGUAAGGAGCUGAACGGGCUGACGGAGUGGCUGGCUGCAACUGACGCUGAGCUGACCAGGCGCUCUGCUGUGGACGGUAUGCCCAGUGACCUGGAGGCUGAGGUGGCGUGGGCACAGUCCAUCCACGGGGAGACCGAGAGGCGGCAGCCUCAGCUGCAGGCCGUGGUGGAUCUCGCCGAGGCCCUCAAGGCCGUGCUGCGGGGCCACGGGGGCCUGGUGGAUGACAAAGUCAGUCUGCUGCACUGCAACUGGAUCGCAGUCACAUCCAGGGCAGAGGAAUGGCUCAACCUGCUGCUGGACUACCAGCGGCAGAUGCAGAAGUUAGAUGGAGAGAUUGAGGAAGUGAACGGGUGGAUCGACGGAGCGGAGAAAAAGAUGGACGAACUGGACAGACAGGGACCUAACGACGCUGUGCUGAAGGUGUUACGUGCAGAGCUGGAGAUGACGAGGGGUAAGAUGGAGGAGGUGAGGGCUUUAGCCCAGGAACUCAUGUCCACCAGGGGGGAGAACUGCCAGGCCCAGGUCGGACCCAAAGUGGAGCAGCUCAACCAGAGAUUUGACACCAUCGCUCAACGCAUCGCCUCUGGACUGACGGCAGCAUCAGCCAAGGAGCUGGAGCAGUACCACAGUGAAGCACAGAUCUGGCUGGAGCUCCUGGAGGAAGAAGUCAAACAGGGAGAAAACCUCAAGGAGGAGGACUUCCAGGAGGAUAAGGACUGUGAGGAAGGUGCAGUGAAGGAGUUACUGUUGAAAGGAGAGAACCUGCAGAAGAGGGUCCCGGAUCAAGAUAAGAGGGAACAAAUCAGACUUAAACAGGACCAGCUCAACAGCAAGUACAACACCGUCAAGGACCUACGUGUACUGAGGAACAGGAAAGCACUGGCUAUCGCUCCCCAGUGGUACCAGUACAGGAGAAAGUCACAUGAUCUGCUGGCCUGGCUGGAUGACAUCCAACGCAGUGUGGACCAACUGCCUGACCCCCCUGAGGGAGAGAGGGUCAAGGAAAUUGGCUCAGAGUUCGACAAGAAGAAGGAGGAGCUUAAGGAGGUGCAGGGCUUAGCCAAUCAGCUCUCAGAAGCUGGAGCCGCCAAUCUAGUGGAGCCCCGCCAACUACAGCUCAACACGCGUUGGGCUGAGGUGGAGGGCAAGUUCAUACCCUUCAAAAGACAAUGUGAGUACCUGACAGGGCUGCAGGGGUUGGUGCGUUCUGUGUCAGAGACGGACUUCAAGCUGAACUCUCCUGAAUACUGGCCCGCCGCGUAUUAUAACCUGCCUCAGCAAGAGCACUGCCUGAAGGAGGUGAAGGGGAGCAUUGACAAGCUGCGAGGCCCGGUGGAGGGGGCGCUGGCCCGCAGAGAGGAGAUGGUAUCGGGGGCACGGCCUCUGGAAGGUCAGAGGAUCCAGGAGACUGCCACCCUCCUCAGUACCAACUGGGACAAGCUGAACAAGCUCUACCAGGACAGACUGAAGCGUUGGCAAGACUGCAACUCCAAGUGGCAGAAGUUUGUCUGGGAUCAGAAGGCUCUGGAGGAGUGGCUGAAUGAUGCCGAGAGCACUUUGAAACUGGCUGAGAGUGACCCAGCAGCACACAGACAGCAUCUCAGGGACCUGACGGAGGCCAUACCCCUCCAGGAAGUGGUGUUGGGGAGAGUUAACACUGCAGGAGAGGACAUCAGCCAGUUGAGCACACCAGACGAUGCCUCGCGGCUCCGAACACAGCUCAAAUUACUCAACUCUCGCUGGGUCAACACCUGCCAGCAGCUCAACGAGCACAAGAGGAGGUCUGCGGAGGCACGCACAGCAGCUGCAGAGCUGCAGGAGGACAUGGGCUCGAUGCUGGGCUGGUUGGACAAAGCGGAGGGCGUCCUGGCCAUCCCUCUGCAGCCUGCAGAGCCACAGCACAUCAGAGACACUCUGAGCAAAGUCCAGGCACGUGUGGAAGAGCUUCCUGCCAAGAAGGUGGCAGUGGAGGACCUGAACUCCAGACACAAACAGAUAACACUUCCUGCUGACAGACAGAAAGACGUCAGGAUGAUCAACACUCGCUGGGUUCAGGUGUCCAAGGCUCUGCCUGAGCGUCAGCUGGAGAUUGAGGGUCUGCUGAAGGAGCUGGAGACUCUUCAGGGUCAACUGGACAACCUGUCAGCCUGGGCGUCCAGCACCAGAGCCAAGCUACAGCACAGCCCCGAGGAGCCACCGCCCAGGCUCAUCGAGGAAGUGCAACUUAAGCAACCAGAAGUGGAAUUUGUUUUGGAGCGAGCUGAUCAGCUGUUCAAGGACACUCCUCCCAGCCAGCCAGACAAGGUGAAGUAUGCCAAGCUGAAAGAAGACUGGAUAGUGAUCCUGGAGCUGGUGCAGCAGCAUAAAGAGAGAAUGGCCUCUCUCCUUGCAGCCAAAAAAGCCAAUGAAAGUCUGACGGGAAGUUCCCAGCCUGACUCUGCAGCUCUGGGUCAGUUCAACAAGUCCUGGGCGGAGCUAACCGAUUGGCUGACCAUGCUGGAUAACAUGGUGCAGAACAAGCGGGUGGUGGUGGCUGACUUGGACGACAUCAACGACAACAUCAGCCAUCUCAAGGAAUCUCUGCAGGAGCUGGACCAGCGUCGCCCCCUCCUGGAGAGACAGGUCACAGCAGCCCAGAACCUAAAGAACAAAACCAGCAAUCAGGACACCCGCAACGCUAUCACUGAACGCAUUGACAGGCUUCAGACUCACUGGGAGGACUCUCAGACCAAACUCUCAGACAGGACGAAGCAGCUGCACAACAUGCUGCAGGACUCCACCGAUUGGCUGGACGCGAAGAAGGGGGCGGACCAUCUCAUCAAGCGCGCCAGUGAGAGGCUGGAAUCCUGGCAGGAGAUCACCUACACGGUGGAUGCUCUGAAAAAACAAAACACUGAACUGAAGCUCUUUAUGAAAGAGCUGCAGCAAUGGCAGGGUCAGGUGGACAAAACCAACGCACUGGCUGACAAACUGCUGACACUGUACGCCAACGACGACACGCACAGGGUCACCCAGGUCAAUGAUAACAUGAUGGCCACCUGGAAACACAUCAACAAGCGUGUCUCGGACAGGGAGGCAGCUCUGGAGGCAGCUCUGAAGCUGCUGCAGCAGUUCUACCUGGACCUGGAGAAGUUCCUCAACUGGCUCACGGAGGCUGAGACGACCUGCAACGUGUUAAUAGACGCCACCAACAACAAGGAGAGACUGCAGGAGCAGCCUGAGGCAGCCAGGAACCUGCUGGGACAGUGGAAGGACCUCCAGGCAGAGAUUGACAACCACACAGAGCUGUACCACUCCCUGGAUGAGAAUGGCCAAAGGAUUCUUACCUCUCUGGAGGACUCAGGCGAUGCUGCUCUGCUCCGGAAACGCCUGGACAACAUGAGCCAGCGCUGGAAUGACCUGCGCAACAAGACCCUCAGCAUGAGGGCCCACCUGGACUCAGAGAUGGCCCCGUGGAAGAGGCUCCACAUGUCCUUGCAGGAGCUCCUGAAUUGGCUGAGGUUUAAAAGUCAACAGCUGGAGCAGGAGCCGCCUGUAGGAGGCGAUGUUCCCGCCGUGCAGACACAGCUGGACACACACCGGGGCUUCAGGAGGGACUUGAGAGCCAAGGAGCCAGUUGUGACCAAGUCUCUGGACGACGUAGGAGUCUUUCUUUCAGAGCUGCCCCGAGAGUCACCAUCACCUGAGCAGAGAGACAUCAGCCCAGAGGAGCGUGCCCAGAACGUGGGGCGAGUCCUGCGCAAAGAAGCCGACGACGUGAUGACCAAGUGGGACAAGCUCAGCGCCGACUCGGCCGACUGGCAGAGGAGGUUGGAGCUGGCUCUGGAUCGGCUGAUGGAACUCCAGGAGGCGGAAGACUUGCUGGAUGGACAGCUGAGGCAGGCGGAGAUGGUGAAGGAUGCAUGGGAGCCCGUGGGAGACCUGCUUAUUGACUCUCUACCGGAGCACAUCGAGAAAGUCAAGGAGUUCCAGGAAGAGAUUGCUCCGAUUAAAGAUGACGUAACUCACAUGAACCAGUUGGCGUCCACUUUCGGUCCACCACCCGACAUCCAGCUGUCGCCUAGCAACCUGGAACGCAUUGAAGAUCUCAACACACGCUGGCGACUGCUCCAGGUCUCCAUCAGCGAACAUCUAAAGCAGCUGACGGAGGCUCACAGGGACUUUGGCCUUCUGCAGGGAUCCGUAGAAAGCCCCUUCGAGCAGGGCGUCUCCCCGAAUAAUGUGCCCUACUACAUCAACCACCAGACCCAGACAACAUGCUGGGACCAUCCCAAGAUGGCCGAGCUCUACCAGUCCCUGGCUGACCUGAACAAUGUUCGAUUCUCGGCCUACCGGACUGCCAUGAAGCUCCGACGCCUGCAGAAGGCUCUCUGCUUGGACCUGCUGAGCAUGCCGACGGCGUGCGAGGUGUUCGACCAGCACGGUCUGAAGCAGAACGAGCAGCUGCUGGACAUCUCCCAGCUGGUCACUUGUCUGACCAGCCUGUACCAGCGGCUGGAGCAGAGCCACUCCCACCUCGUCAAUGUCCCGCUGUGCGUCGACAUGUGCCUCAACUGGCUGCUCAACGUCUACGACACUGGUCGCACCGGAAAGAUCCGGACUCUGUCAUUCAAAACUGGAAUCAUCUCACUCUGCAAGGCUCACCUGGAGGAUAAAUACAGAUUCUUGUUCAGACAGGUUGCCAGCGCAACCGGUUUCUGUGACCAGCGUCGCCUGGGCCUCCUCCUCCACGACUCCAUCCAAAUUCCCCGGCAGCUCGGCGAGGUCGCGUCCUUCGGCGGGUCCAACAUCGAGCCCUCCGUCCGCAGCUGCUUCCAGUUUGCCAACAACAAACCAGAGCUAGAGGCAGCCAUGUUUCUGGACUGGAUGCGCCUGGAGCCCCAGUCCAUGGUGUGGUUACCCGUCCUGCACCGCGUGGCCGCGGCUGAGACCGCCAAGCACCAGGCCAAGUGUAACAUCUGCAAGGAGUGUCCCAUCAUAGGAUUCAGAUAUCGGAGUCUGAAACAUUUCAACUAUGACAUUUGCCAAAGCUGCUUCUUCUCUGGUCGCGUUGCAAAGGGACACAAGAUGCAGUACCCCAUGGUCGAGUACUGCACUCCGACUACAUCAGGGGAGGAUGUCAGGGACUUUGCCAAGGUCCUGAAGAACAAGUUUAGGACCAAGCGCUACUUCGCGAAACACCCACGCAUGGGCUACCUGCCUGUCCAGACAAUCCUGGAGGGAGACAACAUGGAGACUCCUGUCACUCUGAUCAACUUCUGGCCCGUAGACCAUGCGCCUGGAUCGUCCCCUCAGCUCUCACAUGACGACACGCACACUCGGAUUGAACACUACGCCAACCGGUUAGCAGAAAUGGAGAAUCGUAAUGGCUCUUAUCUGAAUGACAGUAUCUCACCCAAUGAGAGCAUCGAUGACGAGCACAUGUUGAUCCAGCACUACUGCCAGUCUCUGAACCAAGGCUCUCCUCUCAGCCAGCCCCGCAGCCCCGCCCAGAUCCUCAUCUCCAUGGAAACAGAGGAGAAGGGAGAGCUGGAAAGGGUCCUCAACGACCUGGAGCAGGAGAACAGAAAGCUGCAAGCCGAGUAUGACCGUCUGAAGAAGGCCCACGACAGGAAGGGCCUGUCCCCACUGCCGUCACCUCCGGAGAUGCUCCCCGUGUCGCCGCAGAGCGCGCGCGACGCCGAGCUCAUCGCCGAGGCCAAACUGCUGCGGCAGCACAAAGGCCGUCUGGAAGCCCGCAUGCAGAUACUGGAGGACCACAACAAACAGCUGGAGUCCCAGUUGCACAGGCUGAGACAAUUGUUAGAGCAGACGGAUUCCAAGGUGAACGGCACAGCUCUGUCCUCUCCGUCCACCUCCUCUCAGCGCUCCGACUCCUCCCUCCCUCUGCUCCGUGUGGCUGCCAGCCAGACUACUGAUACAAUGGGUGAUGAUGAGCUGUCCAGCCCUUCCCAAGAUGCAUCAGGGCUGGAGGAAGUGAUGGAACAGCUCAACAAUUCCUUCCCUCAUAGCCAGGGUCCUAGUAUUGGCAGUUUGUUCCACAUGGCCGAUGAUCUGGGCCGUGCCAUGGAGUCACUGGUCAGCGUGAUGACAGACGAGCAGAGCGCCGAACAGCACGAGGCCCUGCCCUUCUGAUCCUUCUCCCCACCUUUACGCCCUGCCUCCUCCCUCCUCCCCCCUCCCCCUCCCCCAUCCCUCCCUUCUUCUCUACCUAUCGCAUGCUUUUCUAGUCAAAACAACUGGAUUGGAAACACAGUUUACAAAGAGAAUAUAUAACGUCUAUUUUUGUGAAGGAUUGCGGUUCCAACAACGCGUUAAAAAAAGAAAAAAGAGAAAAACAUUAUAACUUGUAGAUUUCAGUAGUUUCUUAAAACGUCCUGAAGUUGUUUUAUUAUUAACAGAG